GUGUGUUGGUUGUGUGUGGUGGUCCGUGGGUCGCCUGUCAACGCGUGGUGUCGCCGGCUAUACUACUAUACAUCAACAUCAACGUUGACGUUGGCUACAGGUUGGCUGCAGGCUACAGAAGUAGGUACCUCUCUGAACAUCCAAAAUGACAGACGCACGCUACUUCACGACCACCAAGAAGGGUGAAAUAUUUGAAUUGAAAUCGGAGCUCAACAGCGAGAAGAAAGAGAAGAAGAGGGAGGCUGUCAAAAAGGUGAUCGCGUCCAUGACAGUGGGUAAGGAUGUGUCGGCUCUGUUUCCCGACGUGGUCAACUGCAUGCAGACAGACAACCUGGAGCUGAAGAAGCUCGUCUAUCUCUACCUGAUGAACUACGCCAAGAGCCAGCCGGACAUGGCCAUCAUGGCCGUCAACACGUUCGUCAAGGACUGCGAGGACAGCAACCCGCUGAUCCGCGCGCUGGCAGUGCGCACCAUGGGCUGCAUCCGCGUCGACAAGAUCACCGAAUACCUGUGCGAGCCGCUCAGAAAGUGUCUGCUCGACGAGGAUCCGUAUGUGCGCAAGACGGCCGCCGUGUGUGUGGCAAAGCUGCACGACAUCAACGCCUCGCUGGUGGAGGACCAGGGCUUCCUGGACCAGCUGAAGGAGCUGCUGUCCGACUCGAACCCCAUGGUGGUGGCUAACGCUGUGGCGGCGCUCACUGAGAUCAACGAGACGAGCCGCAGCGGCAACCCGCUGAUGGAGAUGAACGCGCAGACCAUCAACAAGCUGCUGACGGCGCUGAACGAGUGCACCGAGUGGGGCCAGGUGUUCAUACUGGACAGCCUGUCCAACUACAACCCAAAGGAUGAGCGCGAGGCGCAGAGCAUCUGCGAGCGCAUCACCCCGCGUCUGGCGCACGCCAACGCCGCUGUGGUGCUGUCGGCGGUGAAAGUGCUGAUGCGCUUCAUGGAGCUGAUGCCGUCCGACUCAGAGUUCGUGACCAACAUCACCAAGAAGCUGUCGCCGCCGCUGGUGACUCUGCUCAGCUCUGAGCCGGAGGUGCAGUACGUGGCCCUGCGCAACAUCAACCUGGUGGUGCAGAAGCGGCCCGACAUCCUCAAGAACGAGAUGAAGGUGUUCUUCGUCAAGUACAACGACCCCAUCUACGUCAAGCUGGAGAAGCUGGACAUCAUGAUCCGUCUGGCAAACCAGAGCAACAUCGCCCAGGUCCUCUCCGAGCUGAAAGAGUACGCCACGGAGGUGGAUGUGGACUUUGUGCGGAAGGCGGUGCGCGCGAUCGGCCGUUGCGCCAUCAAGGUGGAACAGUCCUCGGAGCGCUGCGUCUCCACACUGCUCGACCUGAUUCAGACCAAGGUGAACUACGUCGUCCAAGAAGCCAUUGUGGUGAUCAAGGACAUUUUCCGCAAGUACCCCAACAAGUACGAGAGCAUCAUCUCCACCCUGUGCGAGAACCUGGACACGCUGGACGAGCCUGAAGCGCGAGCCUCUAUGAUCUGGAUUAUCGGCGAGUACGCAGAGCGAAUUGACAACGCUGACGAGCUGCUGGAGAGUUUCCUGGAGGGUUUCCACGACGAGAACAGCCAGGUGCAGCUUCAGCUGCUCACAGCCAUUGUCAAGCUCUUCCUCAAACGGCCGUCCGAUACACAGGAGCUCGUGCAGCAGGUGCUGAGUCUGGCUACCCAGGACUCUGACAACCCGGACCUGCGCGACCGCGGCUUCAUCUACUGGCGUCUUCUGUCCACCGACCCGGCCGCCGCCAAGGAGGUGGUGCUGGCAGAGAAGCCGCUCAUCUCGGAGGAGACGGACCUGCUGGAGCCGACGCUGCUCGACGAGCUCGUCUGCCACAUCUCCAGUCUGGCGUCCGUCUACCACAAACCGCCCAGCGCCUUUGUCGAGGGUCGCAGCGCCGGUUUCCGCCGCGUGCCUCUGAAGCCGGACGGCUCGGCAGCGGCGGCGGCGGCGCCGGUCGAGGAGACGCCCCAGGCGACCGUCAUCCCGUCACAGGACUCACUGAUCGGUGACCUUCUCUCGCUGGACCUCAACCCGCCGGCCUCCCACACGGCUCCCGCGGCGACCAACGUGCCCUCCAACGUGGACCUGCUCGGCGGCGGCCUGGACGCCCUGACGUGGAUGGGCGGCGGCGUGCACAGCCCAGCCGAGGGGCAGUUCCUGUGCCACCUGCGUGACCCGCACACCCAUCGUCCUGCCCGUCCGCCGCUGCCGGCGCCGUCUGCUCAGUCGCCUCUGCCGGCGACCGCACAGUCGCUGCCGCGACGGACAUCGCCGCUACGGUCUCCUCUUACGGCUUCCGCCGCCGCUGCCGCCGUCAGCGGCCGUGUCACCAGUCCUAUCACUAACCUCGUCACCAGUGGAGUCACUAGUCACGCCACCAGUCCCGUCACCAGCGGGUUCACCGUGGCCGGCAUCUGCACCAACCCAUUCCUGGCCGGUUUCCUGGACGAAGACACCAUCCUGACGCUCGCCACGGAUGGCGAUGAGCUACUUCUGACUGACCACAGACCGCUGGGUGGCGACUCGAGCAGCGGCGCGCCGGCUCCGGCCGCCGGCGGAGGCAUGGGCGGAGGCACCUCGGCCGGCCUGCUGGGAGACAUCUUCGGCAUCACACCCACACCGUCCAACUACAUGCCUCCCAAGCAGGUGUGGUUGCCGGCCGCCAAGGGCAAGGGUCUGGAGGUGUCCGGCACCUUCUGUCGCAGGGCGGGACGGGUCAGCAUGGAGCUUACCCUGAGCAACCGAGCCAUGCAGCCCAUGUCCGGCUUCGCUCUGCAGAUGAACAAGAACAGCUUCGGCCUGGUGCCGGCCCAGCCCCUGCAGGUACCCAUGCCGGUCCAGCCGAACCAGAGCACUGACGUGUCGCUGCCGCUGGAAAACAACGGACCCGUCCAGCGCAUGGAGCCCAUCACUAACCUGCAGGUGGCCAUCAAGAACAACAUCGACGUGAUGUACUUCGCGUGCCUGGUGCCGGCUCACGUCUUCUUCGGGGAGGACGGCAUGAUGGACAAGCGCGUCUUCCUGGCCACCUGGAAGGAGAUCCCGGCGCAGAACGAGAUGCAGUUCACCAUCGCCAACCUGGCCAUGACGGCAGACGCCAUCUCGACCAAGCUGCAGAAGGAGAACGUGUUUACGAUCGCCAAGCGGAACGUCGAGGGCCAGGACAUGCUGUACCUCUCCAUCAAGUUCAUCAACGGCCUGUGGGCGCUGCUGGAGAUCAAGGUGGCUCCUGGCUCGUCCAACAUCACGCUGGCCAUCAAGUGCCGCACGUGCGAAAUUGCUCCGGACAUCAGCAACAGUGUUGAGGCCAUUCUGCGCGCCUGAAUGGCCCCCAAGACCCCGGCGCCGGCGCCGUGGCGGGCCGCGCCGCUACCCGGCCCUCCGGUGCUGCCGGCCGCGGCGCGGUCCGGGCCUCCGGUGCUGACAUCGUGUCGUAAUUUGUUGGUCGCGUUUAUGUUAUCUCCUCUGUGAGUAUGUGAAGACGAAGAGAACAUUCCUGCGUUAGCCCCCUUUGGUGAAAGCGCUGCAGAAAACGGAACUGAAAUCUGAACCGCUCUCUCGAAAGAGGCUAGGCUGAGUGUUAGAGUUAUUUAUCAUGCAGGGCGUCGCUGGUAGCCAACCGAUUAUAUUGUUUAACGCGAACAUAUGUGAACGUUACACAGUGAGCGAGCUCAUUUAUAGGCGGAAUGGUGGCUUGAAUUUGCUUUAUACAUUAGAAUGAGCUGGCCAAGUUCGGUGGUGUAUUCUGUAACCCGCACGGCGUCCGUAUCUGUCCAGAUGGACUCUGUAUUCUCUGUCACCCUGUAUACGCGCAGAGGACGCCGGUGCGGGCGGCCCGUCCGCCGUUUGGUGAUAUUCGUGUGUCCGAGCUGCCGCUUGUGAUCCAUGUAGUCAAAGGGCCACCGUCUGCGGGAGCCUAACUGGUCGUUGCUGUUCCAGCCCGACGUUCUUUGAUCACCAACCACUGCUGAUGUGUCCUGCAUGGAUGAUUGCACGCAAAAGCCGCCGAGCCGGCGCCGCCGUCCCGAAGCGGCUGCCACUGGUGCGGCGGUCGGGCGGGCCGCCCGUUCCGGCCGGUCUCUGCGCGAUUUCUCGGCCGUCAAUGUCCAAUAGACCGGAGCAGAGCUGCGGUGCGUUUGUGAGUGACGGAGCGAACCGACGCGGCGGAGAGCUGGGCUCGGCUAGCAGUAUUGACGGACUGGGCCCGGGCCGACCGGCCGUCUGCGUUUGGGCGGCACGUGCCCGGCAUCGCCGCCGUCGGUGACGAGGUAACUGUCUGAGACGGGGGCGGACGACGGCCGGCGAUGGCCCCGACGGUCGCCCGGCCGCUCUUAUGGCCAUGGCCGGCCGCCGAAACUGCCCGGACGGCGGUCCAUCGGGCUCCAGGGGCUCUCCAAUGCACGUGCUACGUUACAGGAGUCUGCUGAGGGCGCAGAUGGAGCCUCGUCGAUCGCCGCCGGGCGCCCGCCGAGCCGCGCACGCUCGACAGAGGGCGGUUGAACGCCGCCCGCCUGACAAGUUAAGUGCCGUGAGCGUGGCGAAUCUGCGCCGGUAAAAGUUUGAUUAGCCGGCUAUUUGUAGGAGGGAUUUGAUUGGUGGUCUGCCGUGCCGCAGGCCGUGCAUUAUGAACAUGUCGCCGGCGAAAUGCACGGCUCCCACCGGGAAUAGCCUCAAACUUUGUGCGACGCGUCGGUACCGAAUCCACUAGACAUGAGCGGCGAAAUGUCACCGUGGGCUCUUUGUCGGCUACACGAUUCACAGCCGGCUUUAUCUCAGGAGAUAGUCGAACUCUUUGUCUCACGCCAUUGAGAACGCGGACGGGACGGCAGCAGCUGACAAUCCCCGGCCGUCUCGCCAGCUGUGCUGAUACCGUCCGAUCGGCCGGUAGAUAAUGCGAUUCGGGCUCGCCGUCAGUUUAACUCAAUUGUAGCUUUUGCCAGCGGGCGAUUAUAUUGUUUAACGCGAACAUAUGUGAACGUUACACAGUGAGCGAGCUCAUUUAUAGGCGGAAUGGUGGCUUGAAUUUGCUUUAUACAUUAGAAUGAGCUGGCCAAGUUCGGUGGUGUAUUCUGUAACCCGCACGGCGUCCGUAUCUGUCCAGAUGGACUCUGUAUUCUCUGUCACCCUGUAUACGCGCAGAGGACGCCGGUGCGGGCGGCCCGUCCGCCGUUUGGUGAUAUUCGUGUGUCCGAGCUGCCGCUUGUGAUCCAUGUAGUCAAAGGGCCACCGUCUGCGGGAGCCUAACUGGUCGUUGCUGUUCCAGCCCGACGUUCUUUGAUCACCAACCACUGCUGAUGUGUCCUGCAUGGAUGAUUGCACGCAAAAGCCGCCGAGCCGGCGCCGCCGUCCCGAAGCGGCUGCCACUGGUGCGGCGGUCGGGCGGGCCGCCCGUUCCGGCCGGUCUCUGCGCGAUUUCUCGGCCGUCAAUGUCCAAUAGACCGGAGCAGAGCU